AUGAGGGGGGAUGGUAGGUGGAAGACAGAAGAAGAAGAAGAAGAAAAAAAAGGGGGUCUAGGAAAAAAAAAUCGGACAACCCGCGAGACUCUGGUGGGCGUGGUCAAAGAGGCGAGGGCUUCCUGCUCGGCUGAACACGUGGUUCCGUGUCUGCCUGCCUACUUGUGUCAGUGUGUGAAGGUUUUCCAGCCCAUCUCUCGCUCCUUUCUCCCCGUUAUCCUCCCAUACAGCACAGCGAACCUUCUCCUCGCUCUGCUCCAUCUCAGCCCGCACCUCCACCUUCACCACCUCCACCUCCUCCUGCUUCUGCUCUUCCACGUUUCUUCCUCGCCUCCCGGACUGCCGAUUGCCCAGGCCGCGGUCACUUCAGCGUGUCUCCACUCGUAG